AGAAUUAGACAAAGGCAAUUGGUUGCUUAACCCUCUACAGUGCUGGCUAUCUGGGUUUUGCGUGACUGCGCUUUUGCAGAGUUGUGUGCUCUGUUUAUGUGAUGGCGAUCGAUCUGGCGAUGUCCAGUAUACGCGCGUCUGUCGCAGAAAACGGCAGCAACAAAGCUGCAUAGACGCGCGCUUAUUACUGGAACCUUUACGAUGAAGCACAUUCAGAAGGAAGACAUUGUCACCAUCCCCGAGGGUGUUACCGUUGCCAUCAAGGCCCGUAACAUUACCGUUACCGGUCCCCGUGGUACCCUGACGCGCGAUAUGCGUCACAUCCAGAUGGACAUCCAGCGCCCCACCAAGAACACCAUCCGCAUUAUUGUCUGGCAGGGUGGCCGCAAGCACAUUGCCUGCAUCCGCACCGUGUGCUCGCACAUCAACAACCUGAUCAAGGGUGUCACCAAGGGUUACGAGUACAAGAUGCGUUUCGUGUACGCGCAUUUCCCCAUCAGUGUCAACAUCAACAAGGAGGAUAACUCGGUUGAGAUCCGUAACUUCCUGGGUGAGAAGUACGUCCGCAAGGUCUUCCUGCUCCCCGGUGUUGAUAUUGUUCAGACCAUCGGUACCAAGGACGAGCUGGUCCUGACCGGUAACGAUCUUGCCAACGUUUCGCAGUCCGCUGCCUCGAUCCAGCAGGCUACCCGUGUCCGCAACAAGGAUAUCCGUAAGUUCCUCGAUGGUAUCUACGUUUCGGAGAAGAGCACCAUCAUCAAGGACGUCAUCUAAAGAGAAUAGUAGCUUUAUGAGUUUUUGGGACGCUUCCAACGAUGCUUCAAAUUCCAAUAAAAGAUGUGUCUGUCUCU